AUGGUUCCUUCCUCUUCAUUGUUUGGCAUCGCACUUGUAAUGCCUAUCUCACUAUCAACACCUCCGGUGAUCUCGUUAUCAAUGAGAAGAGAGGAAAGAAGGGAAGAUUAUUGCUCACCCGUCCUACCAUGUUAUAGAGCUGCCCCUUCCUCCUCCAUCCUUCAGGAACCACCGUGCUGGAGAUGGAUAACACCUUUAGUAUAGUUGGGUGGUGAUGUAGCAGCAGCAGGGGCCGGCCAAACCGGGCUCGGGGAGGGCGAAAACCAGGGAAGAGAGGCGCGCAGCCAAACCGCCCGACGGCGCGCGCACCACGCGCCCCCCGCAGUCCCCGGACACGUGUCACCCCCUCGCCACGUCGCGUCCAUGCGGGCCCCACCCCCCACCCCCCACGAACCACUCCCCCCAACCCCAACCCCUCUUCUUCUACCUCCCUCCUCCUCUUCCCUCUCCUCCUCCUCCCUUCCCAUGAUCGGUGAUGGUGAUGGCUAGCGCCGGCGUCAACAUGCCGGGUGGCGAUGGGGACCACCCCCCCGCGGCCGCCCAGGAAUGCCACCGCCUGCGCAGGCGCCGCUACGUCCCCGCCGCCGCCGCCGCGUCCGAGGACGGGGACAACAGCAGCAACGGUGGGGGCGAGAAGAGGAGCCUCCCGGCCUCCUCCGCGUCGCCGUCCCCGUCCCCGACCUCGUCGGCGGCUUCCUCCGACUGCUCGUCCGACCGCGACGACGACGGGUGCUCCUCCACCGCCGGCGCCGCGGCGCGGCGGCUCCCGCUCCCGUCCGGGGCGUCGACGGCGGCCGCGGUGUGGCCCGUCGCGUUCGGGUCCGUCUCGCUCGCGGGGCGGAUGCGCGACAUGGAGGACGCCGUCUCGCUCCGGCCCUCCUUCUGCACCUGGCUCGACGGCUCGCCGAUGCACUUCUUCGCCGUCUUCGACGGCCAUGGCGGCCCCCAUGUGUCCGCGCUGUGCCGGGAGCAAAUGCACGUGAUCGUGGCGGAGGAGAUGGUGGCGGAGGCGGCGGCGCUGCGGCAGCGGCAACCGGCGGCGAUGGAGGAGGAGGAGGAGGAGAGGGCCUGGCGGGCGGCGCUGUCGCGGAGCUUCGGCCGGGUGGACGCGCUGGCGGCGGUGGCGUGCGCGUGCGGGCGCGCCAGUGCCGGCGUGCCGUGCCCGCUGUCGGGGCAGACGGGCGCCAUCAUCGGCUCCACCGCCGUCGUCGCCCUCCUCGUCCGCGACCGCCUCGUCGUCUCCAACUGCGGCGACUCCCGCGCCGUCCUCUGCCGCGCCGGCGACCCCCUCCCCCUCUCCUCCGACCACAAGCCGGACCGGCCGGACGAGAAGGCGCGGAUCGAGGCGGUGGGUGGCCGGGUGGUGUACCUCAACGGGCCGAGGGUGCGUGGCAUCCUCGCCAUGUCGCGAGCAUUAGGUAAUGUCAUCGUCAUCAUCAUUGAUCUAAAUUCUGUCUGCAGGCACUAUCUUUGUGUGUUGUGUUUGCUACUCUGCUGUAGAAGAACUGAAAUUGCCUGUGUCCUGGGCUACAAUGUCUUGGCUGCUAGCUGCACACAUGAUUCACUUAAGACCACAUGAUACAGCUAGCAGUGGGUGGCACAAUCUGAAUGUUUGCGUAGCUAGCUAGCUUUGGAUAGAACUUGGAGCCACAAUAAAACCAAUUUCUGUCGCUCACGUGUUCGUCUUGGCGUGGGUUUUGAUUUCACGCGGAAACAUGUACUCAAUGAGUAAAUGUUUCGAAAAGAAGUCUGCUAAGAGCAGGUACAAUAGUAGGCUAUAAGCCAGCUGCAAACAUAUUUUAAGAAGAUAAAUAAGGAGAGAGAAGAGUAGCAGAUUACAGAUUUGUAGCCAGCUAUAGCACAG